AUAUAAAACUAGUAUUUUCAAAAGCAUUUGUGGUCUUCGAAUUCGAUUCUUCCCAUCAAUAAAGAAACACACAAAACCAUCUUAUAGAUAUAUCUCAUCUCAGUUUCUUACUUAUAAUAAUAAUAAUAAUAAUAUUCACUAUAUAUAAGUUCAUAUUUCUCCACUUGCUCAAUAUAUACUACAGGUUUUUUGGUUUUGGUUUGAUGUUGGGGAUUAUGAUAUUAUGCUAAAAUUUAAGGUCAGUGAGAGUUGCAUAUUCAUUAAACUGAUCAAGCGGUAUGAAUUCUUCGUCUACUCAGUAUAUUACUUCUAAAAGGAUGGAUGUAUACGAGCCGAUGCAUCAGUUUAGUUUGUGGGGAGAUUAUAAAGGGAAUAUAUAUCAAGAUGCAGCUGCAAGCAUGAUCUUAGAGGUGGAUACAAAGCUAGACAAUCAGUCGGAGGAUGCGUCUCACACAACGAAUGGAGCUUCGAUUCAGUUUGAUCAAGAAGCAAGCAAACCAACUGAUAAGGUUUUGAGACGUCUUGCUCAAAAUCGUGAAGCAGCUCGUAAAAGUCGUCUGCGGAAGAAGGCAUAUGUUCAGCAGUUGGAAGCAAGCCGUUUGAAACUGCAUCAGCUGGAACAAGAACUUGAACAAACUAGAGCACAAUGUGCUUUAUUGAGUGGUGGAGUUAAUGUGGGUCAUCUGCGGAUGCCUGGAGCUCCAAAAUCAGGAAUUGCCACUUUUGAGAUGGAGUAUGAGCAUUGGGUUGAAGAACAAAAUAAAAAGACAAAUGCUAUGAAGACGGCAUUGCAUUCUUCUUUGCCUGAUGAUGAACUUGACAAUCUUGUUAAAGACAACUUGAACCACUAUGCUAAUCUCUUCACCAUUAAAGCAUCUGCGGCAAAGGCCGAUGUCUGCUAUCUUAUAUCAGGCGUAUGGAAAACAUCAACUGAACGACUUUUCUUGUGGAUUGGUGGCUUUAGACCUUCAGACCUUUUAAAGGUUCUGGUACCACGUCUUGACCUUUUAGACGGACAAUCUCAUGACUUAUAUAACCUUAUCCAAGCAUGUCAACAAGCUGAAGAUUCUUUGUCACAAGGAAUGGAAAAACUACAGCAAACAUUGGCCGAGGCUGUGGCAUUUGGUCAAGCCUUGGAAGGAGGCAGCUAUGAGAUGAAUAAUGCAAUGAGUAAAUUAGAUGAGCUGCUAAGGCUUGUUCUUCAGCAGGCUGAUUUCAUCCGUCAAGAAACGCUACAACAAACACUGCGCUACCUAACCACCCGACAAGCGGCUCAAGGAUUGAUUUCUUUAGGUGAGUAUUUUCAACGCCUUCGUGAUUUGAGUUCACAUUGGGCAAUGCGUUUGUGAACCCGCUUAAUUAUGUUUCCGGUAGUUCAGAUUGGUUGAGGCUCUGAUGGUGUCUGUUAGUCUGUGUAUAAAGAAAUGGAAUCAUUAGCAUGUAGUAGUGUAUUUUGGCAGUUUUUUGUUCGCCUUCCACAAUUGAGAAGUUAUAUAUAUUCUAUUUAUCAUCAUGAUGUCAAAGGUAGAAUUGUCAAUUGUGUAACUUGUUAUUUAGAGUCUUAUAUGUUUGUACAGUUCAUAUUAUCUUCAAGAUAGUUUUUGGUCAGAA